UCAGUACUUCAGUGUAGGUUUAGUACUCCAGUGUAGGUUCAGUACUGCAGUGUAGGUUCAGUACUUUGGUCUUUAGGUUCAGGUCUCCAGUGUAGGUUCAGUACUUCAGUGUAGGUUCAGUACUUCAGUGUAGGUUCAGGACUCCAGUGUAGGUUCAGUACUUUGGUCUUUAGGUUCAGGACCUUCAGACUGACUGCAGUAGUUCAGCGCUGGUGUGUUUAUUAGAUCUCUGGAUUAAUUAUUUGGAUUUGAUCUUCAGGAGAGAUGCAGAUGUUUGUUCUUCUCUUCCUGUCAGCGCUUCAUCUUACUGAAGGUUGCAGUGAACUGAAGCAUCAGGAAAAGGUGACGGGAAACGUGAGACAGUCCGUCGUCCUGCCCUGUUCCUGCACUAAACCACAACACACAACAGAAAAGCCCACAUGGAUUUUUGGAAAUGAUAAACUUAAUGGUAAAGAAAUUUACCCAGAUAACAAAACUAAACGCUACACAGGAAGAGUUCAGCUGCUUCAUCCUCAUGAUCCAGGAAACUUCUCUCUGCUCAUAUCUAACCUGACUGAAAAGGAUGGAGGGGUGUACAGGUGUAAAAUCAGCAAUAUUUCUAGAAAUAUUCAGCUCGCCGUAACAGGUUGCAGUAAACCGAAGCAUCAGGUGAUGGGAUUUGUGGGACAGUCCAUCGUCCUGCCCUGUUCCUGCACUGAACCACAGCAAAGAGCAAAAAAUAUCACAUGGCUCUUUAGAAAUCAUAACUGUCAUCGUACACAAAUCUACCCAGAGGACAGAACCAAGCGCUACACAGUAAGAGUUCAGCUGCUUCAUCCUGGUGAUUCAGGAAACUUCUCUCUGCGCAUAUCUAACCUGACUGAGGAAGAUGGAGGGGAGUACAGGUGUAAAAUCGGCAAUAUUUCUAGAAAUAUUCAGCUGAACGUAACAGACACAGAGAUGCCAACUUCUUUAAUCAUCGGUGCUGCUGUGGGGGGUCUGCUGCUCUUGAUGGGACUUGGUGUGGUCAUCUACUGGAGAUACAGAGGACGGAGAGACGGACGGACAGGAAGUAGAGAGGAACAACCAGGACAGAGGGGGCAGCAGGAAGCACAGGAUGAUGUUUUGUACUCUACUGUCGUCCACAUCAACACAACCAGAACAACAACAACAAAUGCACGGAUCGAACUUGGAGAGACUGAAUACGCCACAGUCAACCUGAAUUAACACACCAGAGGUGGAAAGAAAACUAAAAUAUUGUACUCAAGUAAAAGUACUAUUACUGUAAUGAAUUUUUACUUAAGUAAAAACUUAAUGCAAACAGGACAAGUGCAUAUAAAUCUCACAAUAGUUGUUUUAAUUAUAAUCUAAUAAAAAAACAUGUUGAUACAACAUUUAAAACAUUUAGGGAUGUGUAAUGUGUCAUUUUAUUACAGACCAUCCCAUAAUACUUUUUAAAACUGUAUAACCACUAGUGAUGGGUCGUGCCUCUGGGAGCCGUUAUAUAUAUACAGUUCAUACAAUAUAUAUUUAUUUAUAUUUGUGUGCGGUUCUUAUCGGGGGUAAUCCACCCGUUCAGCUUAGCAGAAACAAACACACCACAUCUCUGUACCAGAGCGGAUUGUUCUGAAACUAAAUGUAACCACAGUCUGUCUCUCACUGUAGUUUUUUCUCUACCAUGUAUUACCCAGCGGACCUUCAAAAGUCAAACAACUUGUUUUUUUUAAUACAAACUUGCCCUAAAUGCAAAUUUUUGUAGAUUUUACUGAAUUGUUUUUGUGUUUAUAAUGUGUUUAUGCUUGAAAUGUAAGCUUAGUUUGGCUACAAGUUAUACA